GGUAAAAGUCCAGAACUGCGACGUGGAAACGCUGAAACCGCGCUACGUGACAACAUCAGCAGGCCCUCUUGGUCUCGCUCUCACAUGCUCUCUGGGCUCCUUUGGACCAUGUGAUUGGACAGUAAGAUUUAUAAUCCAGUAAAGUGAAAGAAAGAAGAGCUGGACGCGAUGGACGGAGCCCUGGCUGUUAUUCUCAUCUCUGUGGCGAUGUUUGUGGGAUGUUUUCUGCUCGGACUCAUUCCGUUACUGGUGAACUUUUCCCAGCAGAAGCAGCAGUUUAUUACCGUGCUGGGGGCGGGGCUUCUGUGUGGCACCGCCCUCGCAAUUAUUAUUCCAGAGGGGGUGGAGCUACUGGAGGGGUCGUCCAGAGAAUUAUUUUGUUUAAUUGCAUCAGGUGGACUGAACGCCUCCGAUUCGGAUUCUACUGCCAAGCCUUCCACAGAGAAACCAUUGCGUCCACAUGUCUUUAUUGGAGCGUCACUGGUCCUGGGGUUCACACUGAUGUUUGUGGUUGAUCAGAUUGCUGAUUACUGCUCUACACACGUCUCCCGUGCGCGCGUAUAUAAUGGCAGCACUACGGCGACUUUGGGUCUUCUCAUUCACGCAGCAGCUGAUGGUGUGGCUCUUGGGGCAGCUGUUGCAUCGUCUCAAGUGUCUGUUCAGAUCAUUGUCUUCUUUGCUGUGAUUUUGCACAAGGCUCCAGCGGCGUUCGGCCUCGUCUCGUUUCUCUUGCACGCAGGUUUGGAGAGAAGCACAGUCCAGAAGCAUUUGCUGGCUUUUUCAUGUGCAGCACCUUUAACAGCGAUCAGCACCUACUUCAUCCUUAUUGCGACGGGUGGAUCGUCAGAGCACCGCCUGGGUGCGACAGGAAUCGGCAUGCUGGUCUCCGCUGGGACGUUCCUUUACGUGGCUACGGUGCAUGUCAUGCCUGAGAUUAACAGCAGAGGACAGCAGAGAUCCAGUCACGUCCACCACCACGCAGAAACAGGAGCGUACCAUCACACAGGACUCGGGUUAAUGGAAAGCAUCACUCUGGUGGCCGGAGCUGGACUGCCUGUACUCUUAGCCCUCGGCUUACCUGACGAAUGAGGAACUGAUGCAUUGCCUAGAUGAUACUCGGAAUUGAAUUCAUUUUAAAUGCAUUUUAGAUUUGAUAAUGCUCAAUGAGUUUAACUAUUUAUGAAUUUUGUCCUCAUUUUCUUUCUUUCUCCAUUUUGUACAUUUUUGCAAAUCCCUAAUCCAGCAUGACCAAUCCUGAAACAGUGGUACUGAAUUUUUAUAUUAAUUAAUUGAAAAUAUUAUAAAUUUUACUGUUUAGGUCGUUUGCAGUGUCGUGUCCAGUUACACUGAAAACAAUAAACAUGUUCACUUUUUUAAAAUUUAUUUUCUUAUAAAUUUUGACUGUAAUUUAAGGUGCACGGAUUUCUACAUUUUUUAAUUAUCCACAGUGCUUUGCAAAAAUGCAGUAAAUAUGUUAUAUUUUA